GCAAAGGGUUUUUGUGAAUUACGGUGGUGGGUAAGACCCGAGUUCCUCCAGUUCCUGCCUAUUUUCAGCUGACUAGGCGGUUAAGGAUGGUAGAUGCUUUCUGCGCAACCUGGAAGCUGACAGACAGUCAGAAUUUUGAUGAGUACAUGAAAGCUCUGGGCGUGGGCUUUGCCACUAGGCAAGUGGGAAACGUGACCAAACCAACUGUGAUUAUCAGUCAGGAAGGUGGCAAAGUGGUGAUCCGGACACAAUGCACAUUCAAGAACACAGAGAUCAAUUUCCAGCUGGGAGAAGAGUUUGAAGAAACCAGCAUAGAUGACAGAAACUGUAAGUCUGUGGUUCGGUUGGAUGGAGACAAGCUCAUUCAUGUGCAGAAGUGGGAUGGCAAAGAAACAAAUUGUACCAGAGAAAUUAAGGAUGGCAAGAUGGUCGUGACUCUUACCUUUGGGGAUAUCGUUGCUGUUCGCUGUUAUGAAAAGGCAUAGAAGAGAUGACAGGACUUUUGACAACUUGGUUUCCUGGAGUCCCAGAGUUAGCCAGCUAAUGAAGCACUGGUCACUAAUUAUAAGUUUGUCUUCGGUGUGGAGGUAGAAAAUUAUAAUUCUAAGAUGUGUUACUCCAAGCAAUUCAUGGGAUUUUGAUAUGCAAAUUUACUGUUUUCCAUUUUUUUUAAAUAAUUUUACAAUACUUUUUAUAGAAAUGGGAAUAUACUUAUGACUUUCUUUGGAAUGCAAACCAAAUUGAAAUAAAAAAUACACACAC